AAGUUUCUAAUCUCCUAAACGCUUUAUAAUAAGGUGAAUUUGGUUCUUCUUGGCAAACGUCAGGUCAACGUAGAAUUUAAAGUGAAAGUAAGAGGUGAUGGAGGUUGUCAUCGUUGCUGCAGUCAGAACACCGGUCGGGUCUUUUAAUGGUGGAUUAUCCACUCUUCCCGCACAUGACCUUGGGACUCUCUGUAUCAAGGAGGCUCUGGGUCGUGCAGGCGUCAAUGGGGAGACUGUGUCGGAGGUCAUCUUAGGACAAAUUCUCACUGCAGGUCAGGGACAAAAUCCAGCACGGAAGGCCAGCAUCAAUGCGGGGGUUCCUAUCCAUGUUCCUUCCUGUGGAGUUAACAUGCUCUGUGGGUCAGGCUUAAGGGCGGUUGUUCUGGGGUACCAGGCCAUCAAAACAGGAGAUGCUCAAAUUGUUGUGGCUGGAGGUCAAGAAAACAUGAGUCUGGCUCCACACUGCAUUCACAUGAGGAAUGGAGUGAAGUUUGGGGACACAUCACUUACAGACACCAUGAUGUCAGACGGUCUUAUAGAUACCUUCAACCAAUACCACAUGGGAAUUACAGCUGAAAAUGUAUCAAAGAAAUAUAACAUAUCCAGAGAAGAACAAGACAAUUUUGCAGUUAAUUCUCAGCAAAAGUGUGAGGCAGCACAGCAUGCUGGAUAUUUUGAUGAAGAAAUAGUUCCUGUUUCCAUAGCAACCAGACAAGGAACAAAGGUGAUAAAUAAGGAUGAGUAUCCCCGACAUGGCUGUUCUAUAGACCAGUUACAGAAACUCAGGCCAGCCUUUAUAAAAGAUGGAUCUGGAACUGUAACUGCUGGAAAUGCCUCAGGUUUAAAUGAUGGAGCAGCUGUAUGUGUGUUAAUGAGUUCAGAUGAAGCUAGAUCUAGGUCAUUACAGCCACUAUGUAAGAUUGUAUCGUGGGCACAGGUGGGGGUGGAUCCAGCUAUCAUGGGCAUGGGACCAGUAGAUGCCACCAGGAAAGCACUGGAGAAGGCCCAUUGGACCGUGGAGGAUGUAGAUCUGUUUGAACUCAAUGAAGCCUUUGCUGCCCAGUCUGUUGCCGUUGUUAAACAACUCGGCUGUGAUCCAAAUAAGGUUAAUAUUAAUGGUGGAGCAAUAGCUAUAGGACAUCCAAUAGGGGCUUCAGGUGCCAGAAUUCUGGUGACAUUGUUACAUUCGCUGAAAAGGACUGGUAAAAAAAGGGGUGUUGCAGCUCUUUGUGUUGGAGGGGGGAUGGGGAUAGCCAUGUGUGUGGAGAGAACAUGAUCUAAAACAAAGAACAUUUGUUAUACCUAUAAGCUGUAUGUCAAACAUACAUGUAUCAUGCAUAUCAAAUAGUCCUGUAUGUUGUUAAUAUGUUUUGUCGUGAUAGUUUAUCAGUAUUAGAGAAUUUUAUGUCUGUUUACUUAGUUCAUCCUUUUUGUACACAUUCCUUGAUCUUAAUUUUGUGUGAGACAUAAAACUUUUACCAGGUUCCCUGAGUCACUCAGGUGACCCAUUGCUAUCCAUUUUCAUCAGUGAACAUGUGAUGUGCACUCUGAGUGGUUCAUAAACUCUUUGAUAUUUACAAUGUACUUAUUCACAAUUUAUAAUGUAAUACAAAAAUACAUGCAAUGUCACAUUAAAAACAUUCAUCAAAUGGUAAAACUCUCAUCAAAUAGGUUCAAGAUUUAGACAUAGCUGGGGUUUAGUUCAUCAUAUAAAGGCUUAUUAAUUUGACUCUUGAUAAAUAUUUUAUUUAAAAUUAUCUACACAGUGAUAAGUGUUUCUGACUUUUAUAUAUGAUUUUCAAAUAAAUAAACUGUGUGGUACAUUCCUGGUAAUUUCCUGUCAAACUGUUGAUAAAACCCAAUUGACAAUAAACAAAAGCAAUAUUUU